AUGUUACAAUUGAAGAAUGCAAAGGUGGAGAAAUCUGGUGGAGGUGACAAGAUCACUUUGGUGCUGCUGGGAAAGAACAGCAAUGAUAAGUCUAUGAUAGGGAAUACCAUAUUAAAGGCAAACCGUUUCAUAGCUAGCAAAAACACAUGUACAAGAGCUGAAGAAAGUGUAGAUGAUCAGAUGGUCUGUAUCAUCAACACUCCAGACCUUUUCCACAGGCCGAAGCCAGAUAGAGAAACAGAGGAGAAUAUAGAGGAGAUAAAAGUCCUAUAUCCAGGGCCACGUUUGUUUCUUCUGGUUCUGCAGAACAAACAGCUCUCACAGGAAGAGAUGGAAAUGUUCAGCCAGCUGAAAGCGAGAUUUGGAGAGAAAAUGGUGGAAAAUACAAUUGUAGUGCUAGUUAACAGUCAGGAGAAAAAAUUGGAAGAACCAUAUGACCACGUGGAUGAGAAUCUCAAAAAACUACUAGAUGAGUGUGGACAGAAAAUGUGUCUUCAUGACAAGAAAAAUGAUAACGAGCUGACCAAUCUGGUAGCGAAAGAAUGGAAGAGAAUACAUGAAAUGCAGGUUAAAGAAUCAAGCAACUCCGCAGCUCCUGAGAGGAUAUAUGAGGACAUUGAUGCGUAUGUACAAAUGAAGCAAACAAAUGAAGCGUCAUGGGUGUCUGAAAACAGCAAAGAAAAGUGCGUUCAGACAUCUAGAAGUAAGGACAUGAUGACAGUGGUCCUGCUGGGGAAGAUAAGCAACAACAAGUGUCUCGUAGGGAACACAAUUUUUCAAAAAGAUCAUUUCCGAUCAGAGAGGGUCCGCUGUGAGAAGAUCGUGGAUAAUGUUGGUGGUGAGAAGGUCUGUAUUAUCAACACUCCAGACCUUUUUCAUAAACCAAGCUCAUCAGAUCCAGAAGCUGACCGAAUGGACGAGCUAAAGCCAUCGUACGCAGGUCCACGUGUGUUCCUCCUUGUACUCCAGGACAGAAUGGUGUCACCAGAAGAGAUGGAGAUGUUUACGAACGUAAAGAAGAAGCUUGGACAGAAAAUGGUUGAACAAACAAUUGUGCUGGUUAACGGUGAUAAAAAGGUAUCUUCAGCUUCAAUGGACACACCAUUGUCAUUCAAAAAAGGCAACGAGAUAAUCCUGAAUGAGUGUGGAAGCAGACUGUGUGUUUACAGCAAACACAUGAAGAAUACUGAACUAAUCAAAGAACUGAUGAAAUACAAAGAAAGAAUCUUCAAAACAUCAAAUAUCCAAGCCAGCAGGCCUGCAACCACCAAACCGCCAAAAACAAAAGAAACUUACCACGUGUUUGCUACGCUAGUUUCAUGGCGCCGUGUAGUUUUUCCCUACCCACAUAGCUGUGAUGACACCGAUUCAAAAAGUUACAAGUGA